GGGCGGAGGCGGAGCGGGGGGCGACGAGGGAGCGGAGGAGGCGAGGAGGCCUUUGUCUGGCCUCGGGGCCUGCGGCGCCGGCGUCGGGGCGGAGCCCAGGAGGAGAGGGCGGCCUGUUCAAUGAUCCUGGAAUGCAGAAGAUGCACAUCGGCAAGACAUCCUGACUGAAAACCUACGUGGUUUGCAACAGCAAAAUGGCAAAAGUUGACGGUGUGAUAAAUGAGGAUGCUGCCAGAUUUGAAAUUCUUUGGCACUGCUUGACUUUGGGGCAAAGCGGAGGAGAUUCGAAAGCGGCACGCUCAGGGUCUUGAGUCUUUUUCCAGUUUUUGCAUGAAGGCACUAGACAGGUGCAUGUUGGGAAUGGGUUUGCAGUGAGCUCAGAUGGCAGUGUUGAAGGUGGAUUCAGACCUGGGAGAUGGAUAAAGUCCCAGUAAAGUCUCUGUUACUGUGCUAGUGAAGGAUUCCCCAGCGUGACAUCUGUGGAUGGAACCAGUAGAAGAACUGUGUGCAUCUGUGCUCUCCAGUUCUACAGAAAGAGAAUUUAUAGGAAACUAUGAGAUCCCAAGUGAGUACGAGGAAGAGAUUCCUCCUGGAGAUGAUCCAGAGAAGGUGCAGCAAGAUGAGCUUUUACCGAGACAAAAUGAAGAAAAUGCUCCUCAAAGUCAUGGAGGAGCCAUUGAAGAUGAGCAGAUGCAAGACAGUUGUCCUGAUCAGCAGCAUAAUGAAUCUGCAGAUCAAGAUGGUACCCUGGGACUCCUCCAAGACAUCGUGUCUCCACCUGGGAAUUCCCUUGGGAGUAGAACCUUUCCGUUACACCAAAGGUGUGGAGAGCGUCCAAUACAAUUCAAGCCUUAAUGUCCAACCUGAGAUCUCUCCAGUGGGAGAGAAGCCUCAUAAGUGCACUGAAUGUCGCAAGAGCUUCAGCUGGCGCUCUGACCUUAUUAAACACCAGAGAAUUCACACGGGGGAGAAGCCCUACAUAUGCAGUGAAUGUGGGGAGAACUUCACGGUGAGCUCUCACCUUUUCACACAUAGGAGAAUCCAUACCGGAGAGAAGCCUUUCCUUUGUCCCGAGUGUGGGAAAUGCUUCAGUCGGAACUCGCACCUUGUGAACCACCAAAGAACCCACACGGGAGAGAAACCCUUUGAAUGCAGCGAGUGCGGGAAGAGCUUCAGCGAUUUCUCAACCCUGACUCAGCACCAGAGAACGCACACAGGUGAAAAGCCCUAUAUAUGUGUUGAGUGUGGAAAAGGCUUUAUACAGAGUUCGCAUCUCGCAAGGCACCGGAAAACCCACAUGGGAGAGAAACCCUACAAGUGUGCCGAGUGCGGCAAAGGCUUCCGAUACAAGACGCACCUCGUACAACACCACAGACUUCACAUAGGAUAGGAAAGCGGGGCAGGAUGACUGCCUUGCCUAUAAAAGCUAAUGAAUGUUCUAAGUUUCAUGGGGAAAUGAAAUAAAGAAGGAACCUUAAGAAACGUAGCGUUUUUAACUGUAGUGAACAGAGGCCAGAGCUGUACUUUAAGUAGGAAACAUGUUUGCUGUGUAUAAACCAUUGCUUGCCAAGUCAGUGUUUAAACUAUGGGUGGCAUGUAUGUCUGGAAAUCCUGGCCAAAUUUAUGUGGAAGGACUUGUGUGGCACUGGGGCAACAGCCAGUAGGGUGGAGCUUCCCCAAGCAACAGGGAGGGAGGCUGGAUGUUGCAAGUCAGGGAAUUUGGGGAAGUGGGUGAGUAUAGUUGAUGGAUUGAUGAGUUGGGUUAGGGAAGCAGACUUCAACAAAGAAUGGGAACUUUGGACCUGUAGAGAUACAGUCACCAAGACCUCAGCUGAUGUGCAGUGAGAGGAACACUUUGUC